AUGUGUGUCGGGAAGUGCACUCGAAUUGUGGGCCCCUGCCUCCUGACACUGAGCGUGCUCUCCAUCGCAGCCAACGUCCUUCUGCUCUUUCCUGGCUGGGCAUGGAAGUAUCUGGCAGAUGGGCACAUCACCAAGGAAGCGAAGGCGAUGCCAGGCAUCUGGGGAGGAGGAAUAACUGUGCUGCUGGCAGCAACCCACAUCACGGCGGGGGGAUGGCGAGGCUCCGACUGCGGCACCCGCCGCAACGCGUUCCUCUCCAUUGUGCUGUCCAUGCUGGCUCUGCUUGGCUCUGCUGCCUCCUUCAUCAUGUCUGGGGUUGGCCUGACCAACGGGCCCCUCUGCUUGUACAACACCUCAGGCAACGAGCUCAACCAAGGCCCCCGCUGGGGUUACCCCUUCGUGGACCCCAACAGCCAGACUUUAACUGAAAAUUAUUUGCAUAAUUGGAGUCUCUGGAGCACCUGCCUAGAGCCUGUGGGCAUCGUAACCUGGAACGUCUGCUUCUUCUCCAUCCUGCUGCUCAUCAGCGCUUCUGAGAUGGUGCUGGCCUCUCUUCAGAUCAUCAAUGGCUGCUUUGGGAGCCUGUGUGGCUUUUGUGACGGGAAAUAG